AUGCGUAACAAGAAAAAGAAAAGUUUACCUACUCUACCAGAUAAUUUUACUGGGAACGCUUUAUCCUAUUACUUCAACACAUACAACAUUAAUCUCUUUGCUUAUAAAGUGCGACGACGCUUUGACUUAUCCGGUAUCCCUGAUUUUAAACAUGGUUACCUUAAAGCGAAUAGACGUUAUCUUAAAUAUCAAAAUAGUUUACGUUCACGCUUACCUCCAAUAGUUGAUGAGGACAAGGUCAUUGAAACUAACGAUAAUAACCAAGUUACUUUUUUUUCAGAUAAACUCAUUAUGGAUUUCCAUAGAGCUCAUUUUGCUCCUAUUACUCCUACUCUUCAACAACAAUAUCCUUCUACGCCCGAACCUGAUCAUCUUCGAUUGAUCAAAGAUGGUGAUGAAAGACCCAUCAGGAAAGCAAGAAAAUGA